CUGGUGGUGAAACGGGGGAAUUAUCAUCAACUGAGGCCAGAGUAGGGUGUCUCCCGCAGACAGUGUACAGGGAACAAAUACUCUGGCUUCCUAUUAACUGUAAACACGAAAAGGCAAAGAAGAGAAGAACUACAAACUCAGUGGAUUCAGAAUAAACACGAUCGACGCUUAUUUUGGUGGUGGAGGGUAUUCUGAAGAGGGACAGGAUGUCUAUAUUCGGAAAGUUGUUCGGGAGUGGGGGUAAAGGUGGGAAAUCUCCCAGUACGCAGGAGGCGAUCCAACGACUUCGGGAAACGGAGGAGAUGUUGGCUAAAAAACAGGAGUUUUUGGAGAAAAAGAUUGACCAAGAACUCCUCAUCGCGAAAAAGAACGGCACAAAAAACAAACGAGCUGCCCUGCUGGCCCUCAAGCGCAAGAAGCGCUACGAGAAGCAGCUGUUCCAGAUCGACGGCACGCUGUCCACCAUCGAGUUCCAGCGGGACGCGCUGGAGAACGCCAACACCAACACCGAAGUGCUGAAGAACAUGGGCUUCGCCUCCGAGGCCUUGAAGCACGCCCAUGACCACAUGGACAUUGACAAGGUGGACGAUUUAAUGCAGGACAUCACAGAGCAGCAGGAGCUCGCGCAGGAGAUUUCGGACGCCAUCUCCAAGCCCGUGGGCUUCGGGGAGGAAUUUGAUGAGGAUGAGCUAUUGGCUGAGCUGGAAGAGCUGGAGCAAGAGGAGUUGGACAAGAACCUUCUGGAAAUCCGGGGCACCGAGGAUGUGCCCCUGCCCAGUGUGCCCUCCUCGUCGCUGCCCUCCAGGCCAGCAAAGAAGAAGGAAGAGGAGGAUGAAGAUGACAUGAAAGACCUGGAGCGAUGGGCCAUGGAGGCCAUGUAGGCCGGGGACUCGAACCCCGAACCUUCGGACCUCAGACUUCGCACCUCGAACGCUGUUCCCCUGUGUUGGAAGGAAAGAGAGGACUUUCUCAUUCUCUGAUGUGGUUGUUCUUUGUGUUUGGGGGGGGGGAAAAAUGUUUUUUUUUUUUUUUAAAUCAACAAAACAAAUGCAACAAAAAAAGAGACGAAUGCCGCAGCUAGCUGUAGCUCCAGCGAACGAGGAGAGCAGCGGCAAACCCUAAACAAAGUCUCACCUCUGAAACGGUUACUCUAAAAAAAAAAAAGUUUUAAAAAAUCGGUGUGUUUUUGUAUGUCCUUGACACAUCCAUGGCCUUGCAUCCAAACCUAAAGCUUUGAUCAUUAUGUGAACUCCACAUCAUAGGAAGCUGUUGCUAUUUCCGCACGUGUGCCUCCUGUUAGGAUGAGUGUACACCAAGCCUGUGGCUCCAGACUAGAGAGACUGACUCUUUCUGCAGGAGAAGUCAGACCGUAUCCCUACCUGCAAUAAUGCCAAUGGGUCCGCUCACCAGCUUUGUACAGAAACACCAGAGCUGUGGAGGUCCUUUCACUAUUUAACAGUUGAAUGUAGACUGAUGUAUUUACCAUUGAUUUUAUGCAAGUACUUGCAUCUAAGAUUCGAAGAAUUUGCUCUUCGAUUAACAUUUAUUCUGUGUUACGUUUUUUUUUAAAAACACAAUCAGGUCUCUGUGUCUCACAAAUCUUCCAGUUGCCCGUUUUCCUCAUUCGUCAUCCAUCCUAAUGCGUUUAGAUUUCCCCUGACUAAGCAUAAAGACUGUAGAGUGAACGUGUAACUGCAGCACUGCUGUACGAUUUAAUGCUGUUAGCGUUUACUUCCUGUUGUGGGAGUCGGAAUGCCCCCCCCCCCCCCAUCCUCGUUCCAUUUUUAUCACUCCUAAAAUGUUUGCUUUGGCUUGCCUGUGUGUCUGGGAUUCCCCCGUUUGCCUUGCCUGUGUGUCUGGGGUUCCCCGUGCGUUUUCAGGAAUUGGCACGUUGAGUCGUGUCGUAUGGGCGCCGUAUCCUCCUGCUCAGUUCCAGAAACCCGUGUCCAAACACUCCUGAGUCUCACGCCUUCUAGUCAGGACCCAUGGUCUUGGUGUACACCUCCGCUGGGGAGUAAAACUUCAUUUUGCUGCCAAUUCAGAAGCUGCCGGUCUGGCCCCAGUGUGUGUAAGACGCCUGGGGUUCCCCGUCUCCUUCCAUGAGAGGCGGUCAGGCUUGUCUGUCAUGUUUUUAAGUUUGCUGUUUUCAGUGUGUGUGUUUCUGUGUUACUCCAAAAUGCUUUAUAGCUGAGGAAGGUAAACUGUAGGUCACUUGGGAUCACGGGGUUGGCGCACAUUGGUGGGUCUCUCCUCUCAUUGGGCGUGUUUAACGUCCUGUGAGAGCCAUGGCGCUGGGGUGGGGGGGGUGUGCUGAAGGGAAUUUGAAUUAAGAUUGUUUUCGUUUUCUUUGCCGAAUAACAAAUUUCUUAAAAUGCUGCUGUUCCCUAAGAUUAUAUUUGUUAUUUUAAUCUUAGACUAGUAGUCCGUUUCAUCUGACUUGUUUGUACACACGCACACAUACUUUUGUAAAACACUCACAUUAUUUUUCAGUUGUUUACACAUUCAUAAAAGUCAUUUCUUUAGCCUGUAGUUGAUAUUCAAUUCUGCCUUGUGUUAUUCAGACCAAUCUCCAUUGGCUGUCGAUGCAUCACUUGCUAGCUUUGUUUCUAUGGUGACUCUGAGCUGCAUAAUUAUCCCAUUUCCUGCAUCCUGCCUCAGGGCGGAAGCAGUUCUGUGUUUGUAAUGGCGAUUGAUGUACAGUGUGCACGCUUCCACUGAACGAAAACAGAAAAUGCCUGGACCAGCUCCUGGUCUCCCUGCCUGACAUGCGUAAUUAUUCAUCUGCAUGUUACACUAAUUUGGAAACAAAGCUUUUUAAAAAAAUUUUAUUUUCAGAUUUUAUCAAUGAGAAGACGGGAGAAACCAGGCCAGCAAGGUUUUUAUCCAGCCUCAUGCUCAGACUGGUACAGACGGGACAUCCUGUAAAAUUGUGCAGAUAAAACUUCAUUUACACAGACGUGCUGUGCAUUUUCUACAUAGGACUAGAAGUGUGCGUUGUAAUUUUUUGCAAGAUGUAACCCACACAGUGGCAUGUAUGCAUUUGUAUGUUUUAACUAUCCAGAUGAAACUAUUAUUUGAAUGAGCAUUAAACUUGUUCAUAAUU